UUUCCUUCUAGGAGAAGGGUCCUUGGAGUGUAAGGGGAGGUAGAGGAGAUGGCGGCCUUGGUGCGGGAAGAUGGCGCCCGAGGCCCAGAGAAAGGGCGUCGGGGCUGCGAGCAUUAUGACAGAGGAUGUCUCCUGAAGGCACCUUGCUGUGACAAGUUGUAUACUUGCCGGUUGUGUCAUGAUAACAAGGAAGAUCAUCAGCUAGAUCGCUUUAAAGUAAAGGAAGUGCAGUGCAUAAACUGUGAAAAAAUUCAACAUGCCCAACAGACUUGUGAAGAAUGUAGCACAUUGUUUGGAGAAUAUUACUGCAGUAUAUGCCAUCUGUUUGACAAAGACAAGAAGCAGUACCACUGUGAAAACUGUGGAAUUUGUAGGAUUGGUCCAAAGGAAGAUUUUUUCCACUGUUUGAAGUGUAACUUAUGCCUAGCUAUGAAUCUCCAAGGAAAGCACAAGUGUAUUGAAAAUGUUUCUCGGCAGAACUGCCCAAUAUGUUUGGAGGACAUUCACACCUCUCGUGUUGUGGCUCAUGUCUUGCCAUGUGGACACCUUUUACAUAGAACAUGUUAUGAAGAAAUGUUGAAAGAAGGCUACAGAUGUCCGUUGUGCAUGCACUCUGCUGUAGAUAUGACCAGGUACUGGAGACAGCUGGAUGAUGAGGUGGCACAGACUCCUAUGCCGUCAGAAUAUCAGAACAUGACUGUAGAUAUUCUCUGCAAUGAUUGCAAUGGAAGAUCUACAGUCCAGUUCCAUAUAUUGGGCAUGAAGUGUAAUAUUUGUGACUCCUACAAUACUGCUCAAGCUGGAGGCUGUAGAAUUUCACUAGAUCAGCAAUGACCAGCCUAUACUACACUGGAAAACUCAACAUUUUCUGAUAGAAAAAGGCUAUAUUUAGUAUCCUAUUGUCAUCAUGUGUUUGAAUCUAUGCAUUAGAGUUGAUGGGUUUUGUACUAGUCUCACAGCAUAAAGUCACAUUACAAAUACUUAAGGGUUCAGGGUCUCUUUAUAGAAUUGUCAUAGCUGUAUGUUUAAUGAAAGCCACUGUGCUGUGUUUUGAUUGAAAAUUCCUUUAGUGUCAGUUGUUUGGAAGCCAGUGAUGUUGCCACUGAAAUUCACAUUCAUAGAAAUGUGUUAUACUUUCAUGGAACUUUGAUUUAAGUGGCACUGCGCACGCAGGAUUCACUUCAAGUUGACAGAACUAUAUUUAAUUCUCAGUAUUAUUCCUGACUUUUUAAGGGCUGUACUAUAAUAAGGAUAUGUUCUAUCUUACUGUUAAAUUUUAUCUACAUAUGCUUUAGAAUUUUCUAAAACAGUCCUUUGGAUCUUCAAAUGUGAAUUUUGACAUAAUAACUGCUAAUAAAAUUUUAUUGAAA